GACGUGUAGCUAGCAUGGCGGCGCUACAGCUGAGCUAGCAGCCCUGCUGGACGGACAACCACAACCCGGCUCCUGCUCGCUUCCCCGGCGCCAGGCGGAGCAUGGCGGCCUGAGGAGAGCGGAGGUUACCGAGCGAGAGAUGCAGGAGCAGCGGCGGUCAGAGAACAGCAGAACCAAGAGCAUGUUUCUGUCCAGGGCGCUGGAGAAAAUCCUGUCCGACAAGGAGGUGAAGAGGAGCCAGCACAGCCAGCUGCGCACAGCCUGCCAGGUGGCGCUGGAUGAAAUCAAGGAGGAGUUGGAACGACAGAAGGACGGCACCGUCGUUCCCCCCAAAGCCAACUAUGUGGAAGCUGAUAAAUAUGUGCUGCCCUUCGAGCUGGCGUGUCAGUCCAAGUCGCCCCGGAUCGUCAGCACCUCGUUGGACUGUCUGCAGAAGCUGAUAGCAUACGGUCACAUCACCGGCAACGCCCCCGACAGCAAAACGCCGGGUAAGAGGCUCAUCGACCGGCUGGUGGAAACCAUCUGCAACUGCUUCCAGGGUCCACAGACGGACGAGGGAGUCCAGCUCCAGAUCAUCAAGGCUCUGCUGACAGCAGUGACCUCCCCGCACAUAGAGAUCCACGAGGGCACGGUGCUGCUCACCGUCAGGACCUGUUACAACAUCUACCUGGCCAGCCGCAACCUCAUCAACCAGACCACAGCCAAGGCCACCCUCACUCAGAUGCUCAAUGUCAUCUUCACGCGCAUGGAGACCCAGGCUGCCCUGGAGGCCCAGGAGCAGGAGAAGCAGCAGCUACGUCUGCCCCAUCAGAACCCGUCCCCGAACCCAGGCGGAAGGAGGACUCCUACCCCAGAGCCUCAGAGCUCUCCAUCCCCUAGAGUCAGAACUCCAGACCUCACCAUCAGCAGCGACGCCGCUCGCUCUACAGCCCCACCGCCAGGCGCUGAGUUGGACCAGGACACGCACUCUGUUAAUGGAGAACCUGAAGAUGGAGGCUCUGACCAGGUCACACCGUCUAGAGAUUCAGUGUUUGAGGAUGAAGCUGUAGAGAAGCAUCCCAUAGCAGCGGAGGAAGGCACCGGCCCAAACCCGGAAGAGUUGGCGGAGGGCGAGGGAGAGCCGGGGACCCACGGUGGAGAAGGUGUUGAUCGCCCGGGUUCCUCUGCUUCUGAUCAGACGGAGGUAGCUCCCCCUAGAGGCAGAACCGAGGCUCAGCAGAUGAACGGCAUCAUUGAGGACCGCUCCUCCAUUUCCUCUGCUGACAUCCUGGUGGGAAAACUGCUUGGUUUUCAUUCAGAAAAUGUAUUUAGUUUAGAUUUCCUGAUCCGUACCGUCAGCCUGCUGUGUGGUUCUUUAGCUGAAGGAAAAUGUGUUUUUGUCUGCAGAUCCCAUGAGCUGCGCUCUAAAAUCGUCUCCCUGCAGCUGCUGCUCUCCGUGCUGCAGGGGGCCGGCCCGGUCUUUCGUACCCAUGAGAUGUUUGUAAACGCCAUCAAGCAGUACCUCUGUGUGGCUUUGUCUAAAAACGGCGUCUCCUCCGUGCCUGAGGUGUUCGAGCUCUCGCUAGCUAUCUUCCUAACUCUGCUAUCCCACUUCAAGGUCCACCUGAAGAUGCAGAUUGAGGUUUUUUUUCGGGAGAUCUUUCUCACUAUCUUGGAGACAUCAACCAGCUCCUUCGAGCACAAGUGGAUGGUUAUUCAGACCCUGACCCGCAUCUGUGCAGAUGCCCAGUGUGUGGUGGACAUAUAUGUGAACUAUGACUGCGACCUGAACGCCGCCAACAUCUUUGAGCGUCUGGUCAACGACCUGUCUAAGAUCGCUCAGGGCCGCAGCGGCCAGGAGCUUGGGAUGACUCCUCUGCAGGAGCUGAGCCUACGUAAGAAGGGGCUGGAGUGUCUGGUGUCCAUUCUCAAAUGUAUGGUGGAGUGGAGCAAAGACAUGUACGUGAAUCCGAACCUUCAGGCCAACCUGGGUCAGGAGCAUCAACCAGACUCUGAGGGAGGAGAGCUGAAGCUCCCAGAGCAGACGACGGGACGGCGAGACAGCAUCAGCUCGCUGGACUCCAACUACUCCAGCAUGGCGGCGUCUCAGGCCGACCACCCAGAGCAGUAUGAGGUGAUCAAGCAGCAGAAGGACAUCAUCGAGCACGGCAUCGAACUGUUCAACAAGAAGCCCAAGCGUGGGAUCCAGUACCUGCAGGACCAGGGCAUGCUGGGAUCCUCGGCGGAGGACAUCGCCCAGUUCCUGCACCAGGAGGACCGACUGGACACAACGCAGGUGGGCGAGUUCCUGGGGGAGAACACCAAGUUCAACAAAGAGGUGAUGUACUGCUAUGUGGACCAGCUGGACUUCUGUGGGCGGGACUUUGUUUCCGCUCUGAGGAUUUUCCUGGAAGGCUUCAGGCUGCCGGGGGAGGCCCAGAAGAUCGACAGGCUCAUGGAGAAGUUUGCUGCACGCUACCUGGAAUGUAACCAAGGGCAAACCCUGUUUGCCAGCGCAGACACUGCUUAUGUUCUGGCAUAUUCCAUCAUCAUGCUGACCACUGACCUGCACAGCCCUCAGGUGAAGAACAAAAUGACCAAGGAUCAGUACAUCAAGAUGAACCGAGGCAUCAACGACAGCAAGGACCUCCCAGAGGAGUACCUGUCCUCCAUCUACGACGAGAUCGCCGGCAAGAAGAUCGCCAUGAAGGAGAGCAGAGAGUUUUCCGUCGCUCCAAAGUCCACCAAGCAGAGCGUGGCCAGCGAGAAGCAGCGCCGCCUGCUCUACAACAUGGAGAUGGAGCAAAUGGCCAAGACCGCCAAGGCUCUGAUGGAGGCCGUCAGCCACGCACAGGCUCCCUUCUUCAGCGCCAAACACCUGGAGCACGUCAGGCCCAUGUUUAAGCUGGCAUGGACCCCGCUGCUGGCAGCCUUUAGCGUGGGCCUGCAGGACUGCGACGACCCAGAGGUGGCGUCCUUGUGCCUGGAGGGCAUCCGAUGUGCCAUCAGGAUCGCCUCCAUCUUCAGCAUGCAGCUGGAAAGAGAUGCGUACGUUCAGGCCCUGGCCAGAUUCACGCUGCUGACGGCCAGUUCCAGCAUCACCGAGAUGAAGCAGAAGAACAUCGACACCAUAAAGACGCUGAUCACCGUGGCUCACACCGAUGGGAACUACCUGGGCAACUCCUGGCACGAGAUCCUGAGGUGCAUCAGUCAGCUGGAGCUGGCUCAGCUGAUCGGCACGGGGGUGAAGACGCGCUACAUCUCGGGCGUGGUUCGAGAGCGAGAGGGGAGCAUCAGGGGCCUGCCUGCAGGAACCGAGGAGUUCAUGCCCCUGGGCUUGGGAAACCUGGUGGGGAGUCAGGAUAAGAGACAGAUGGCCCACAUCCAGGAGUCCGUAGGAGAGACCAGCUCCCAGAGCGUGGUGGUGGCCGUGGACAGGAUUUUCACCGGCUCCACCCGUCUGGAUGGAAAUGCCAUCGUGGACUUUGUCCGCUGGCUGUGUGCCGUGUCCAUGGACGAGCUGGCGUCCGCCCAUCAGCCCCGGAUGUUCAGCCUGCAGAAGAUUGUGGAGAUCUCCUACUACAACAUGAACCGCAUCAGGCUGCAGUGGUCUCGGAUUUGGCAGGUUAUAGGAGAUCACUUCAACAAGGUGGGCUGUAACCCCAACGAGGACGUCGCCAUCUUUGCCGUGGAUUCACUGAGGCAGCUCUCCAUGAAGUUCUUGGAGAAAGGAGAGCUGGCUAACUUCCGCUUCCAGAAGGACUUCCUCAGGCCCUUUGAGCACAUCAUGAAAAAGAACAGGUCUCCCACUAUCAAAGACAUGGUGAUCCGCUGCGUGGCCCAGAUGGUGAACUCCCAGGCUGCCAACAUCCGCUCCGGUUGGAAGAACAUCUUCUCUGUGUUCCACCAGGCCGCCUCCGAUCGGGACGAGACCAUCGUGGAGCUGGCUUUCCAGACUACGGGGCACAUCGUCAUGAACACGUUCCAGGAGCAUUUUGCGGCUGCCAUAGAUUCCUUCCAGGAUGCCGUUAAGUGUCUGUCGGAGUUCGUGUGCAACGCCGCCUUUCCUGACACCAGCAUGGAGGCCAUCCGCCUCAUCCGGCACUGCGCCAGAUACGUGUCUGAGCGGCCGCAGGCGCUGAGGGAGUACACCAGCGACGACAUGAACGUAGCACCAGGGGACCGGGUCUGGGUUCGGGGCUGGUUCCCUAUCCUGUUUGAGCUGUCUUGUAUCAUCAACCGCUGUAAGCUGGACGUCCGCACCAGAGGUCUGACGGUGAUGUUCGAGAUCAUGAAGAGCUACGGCCACACCUUCGAGAAGCACUGGUGGCACGACCUCUUCAGGAUCGUCUUCCGCAUCUUUGACAACAUGAAGCUGCCGGAACAGCAGACCGAGAAAAUCGAGUGGAUGACCACGACGUGUAACCACGCACUGUACGCCGUCUGCGACGUCUUCACCCAGUUCUACCAGCCGCUCAGUGAGAUUUUACUGGAGGACAUUUUCACGCAGCUGCAGUGGUGCGUGAGGCAAGAUAACGAGCAGCUGGCCCGAUCAGGGACCAACUGUCUGGAGAACCUGGUGAUCCUGAAUGGGGAGAAGUUCAGCCCAGAGGUCUGGAACGUCACCUGCUCCUGCAUGCUGGAGAUCUUCCAGAACACCAGCCCUCAUGCCUUGUUGACAUGGCGACCGACGGGACAGGAUGAUGAGGCGGCCGAGGGGAAGCACUUUGAGGCUGACUUUGACACUCAGUCCCAGAGCAGCUAUGACAGAGCUUUGUCUGAGAGGGGACACAGCCAGAUGUCCAGCGACGACACCUGGAAGGGCAGGUCCAACGCCCGAGUCUCAGACCAGAGGCUGUUUGCUGGCCUGCUGAUUAAAUGUGUCGUACAGCUGGAACUGAUCCAGACCGUCGACAACAUCGUCUUCUACCCGGCAACCAGCAAGAAGGAGGAUGCUGACAACAUGGCUGCCGCACAGAGCUCAGCCCAGGCGGUGAGGAGCGGCCAUGUUGGGCUCGGCCCAGGGGAGGAGGAGCAGCCAUGUUGGGCUCGGCCCAGGGGAGGAGGAGCGGCCAUGUUGGGCUCGGCCCAGGGGAGGAGGAGCAGCCAUGUUGGUGUAGUAGACGCUGAUAACGAGCAGCUGGCCCGAUCAGGGACCAACUGUCUGGAGAACCUGGUGAUCCUGAAUGGGGAGAAGUUCAGCCCAGAGGUCUGGAACGUCACCUGCUCCUGCAUGCUGGAGAUCUUCCAGAACACCAGCCCUCAUGCCUUGUUGACAUGGCGACCGACGGGACAGGAUGAUGAGGCGGCCGAGGGGAAGCACUUUGAGGCUGACUUUGACACUCAGUCCCAGAGCAGCUAUGACAGAGCUUUGUCUGAGAGGGGACACAGCCAGAUGUCCAGCGACGACACCUGGAAGGGCAGGUCCAACGCCCGAGUCUCAGACCAGAGGCUGUUUGCUGGCCUGCUGAUUAAAUGUGUCGUACAGCUGGAACUGAUCCAGACCGUCGACAACAUCGUCUUCUACCCGGCAACCAGCAAGAAGGAGGAUGCUGACAACAUGGCUGCCGCACAGCGAGAUGUUCUGGAGCAGUCAGAGGUUGAAGGAGAAGAGGCGCUUCCAGAUCAGGGCAUGUACCGCCACAUGACAUCAGCGCACCUCUUCAAGCUGCUGGACUGCCUGCUGGAGUCGCACAACUUCGCCAAGGAGUUCAACUCCAACAACGAGCAGAGGACGGCUCUGUGGAGGGCGGGCUUUAAGGGAAAGUCCAAACCCAACCUGCUGAAGCAGGAAACCAGCAGUCUAGCCUGCAGCCUGAGGAUCUUGUUCAGGAUGUACUCCGACCCCAAGCUGCAGGACUCCUGGCCGGACAUUCAGACGCGCCUGCUGCUGGUCUGCUCUGAAGCUCUGAGCUACUUCAUCCGCCUGACCUCAGAGAGCCACAGGGAGGCCUGGAACAGCCUGCUGAUGCUGCUGCUCACCAGGACGCUACGGCUGCCCGACGACAAGGCAGGGACACCACACACCCCCCCACCACACCUCACUGAACGCUGUCUGCUGCAUGAGUCACGGCUCCUCUGAGUCACGGCUCCUCUGAGUCAGCCGUGACUUGCCGGAGCCGUGACUCAGGUUCCUGACAGGUUGAGAGCUGAGCGGUUAGCGGCUGUUUAGACGUUUCUGAUGGGAUUGGAUGCGACUGAGCAGCUCAGAGGGAGGCUAACCCCUGCUGCUUCUGCCACAACAUUNUACUCUGAAAAAACUAUCUAGGAAGAAGUAAAACGUGUAUUUACCUUUAAUCUGAGCAGGUAAAUACCAUGAUCUGUCAAUCAGUAUUUUUACUCUUAAA